CCGGGCACUUGUCACACGUGUGUCAGACCAGCGGGAAUCAGCUGAUUUAAAUACCUGUUUGGCUUUAUUGACAUGCCAAUGUGUUCGUGUACAUUUGUACUUGUUUUUCUAAGCGGGGUUUUAAUUUCCCUCCUUCUCAACUGUGCACUGGACACGCUGAAAAAUGACGGAAAAUAUGGCAGUGACAAGGAGGAACUAGACCUGGCUGUGUGCAUCAUGUCAGCAAGAAACAACUUCGAACAAAGGCAAGCAAUACGAGAGACAUGGCUGAGAGGUCUCACAAUGAUUACAAGUAAAAAAGUGAAGGCUUUCUUCGUUGUGGGACACGAAGCCUGUGAUAUUCCUCCGCCUGACAGACUUGACCCACACACCUGUGAAGAGUGGACACCGGAAGUGCCAGACAAUUCAGACAUGGCAGCCUUCUCUCUGCAGAAGAUGCAGACACAGGAAGUGUCUAGCCACACUGUCAUCAGAAGAUUAGCUGUUUCGGUCUUGCACCCUGUUCGGUUUAAAAGACUAGGCAUCCGAAGUACCUUCUCUGGGCCGGUGUCUGUCACUCUGUGGGAUGGUGUAACAGAUGAAGAACUUGUGAGUGUUGUCUUCAACACUAAGGAUCCUGGUAUAGAAUACCAAGGCUACCGGUACCAGUCCAUACAACCUAUUCUUCUCCCUAAGAAGACACAGUGCAUACAUGUAGAGGUCACAGUGAACACAGGAGACAGUGAACAGUGUCAGUAUAUUGUGAUAGAAGGGUACUACAAGCUCAGUCUGUGA